AUGAAAUCCGGUGCCAUUGCAAUAUCUUUACCAUUCUCUGGCGUCCUUGGUCUUCUUGCCUCGAUGACAUCAACAACAAAUACAAUGGCUAUUGAUCCCUUGGUUCAUAUGCAGCCGGCUGUGUCCAUUCUCUUAGCCACAUUGGUUGGGUUCGGACUCACCAUGAGCGGCACAACGGGUCUAGUCGAGUUUUCAAAAUGGAGGAGAAGCCAUAGGACAGCUGAAGCUACAAGCAGUUGUCAGGUGGAUCCACCACCAAUUCAGACAACAGAUCAGAGCAUGUCUGGAUCAUGA